UGUAUUAUUGAAGCUGUCUCUACCUUGACUUUUCUUUAUUCAGGAAUUUCUCACCAGCCAACAUUGCUCUCUCUCUCUAGAUUCUAGAGCUUCUUAUUUUGAAAGUCCCCUUUAAAGUCAGAACUACAACCCAAUCAACAAAAAAGAAAAAGAAAAACCCCGACUACAACAGUAACAACACUGUGAUUGUCUACAAAAGCCAAAAAAAAGAAAAAGUCUCUUCCUCACCACUCCAAAAUUUAAUCUCUCUCUCCAUGUUUUUCAGAAAGCAGCAGGCACCUGCAGGAACUCCUCCAUGGACGGAGGAGGAAACAGAGAAAUUGUCCAAAAACAAAGAAACCCAGUGCUUCACAUCCACCAUGAAUACUCAAAACAAAUUGAAGUGGUUCAAUGUUUUCCUUUUUGUCUUUCUCUUAGCAUGGUUCCUUGUAUUUUUCUUCUGGUUCCCACCCACAAACACCAAACCCCACAGGAUCCUUCCUUCUCACUACACAAUAUUAGUCAAUAACACAAAAUCUGCCCCCAAAAUUAUUCCCACCUGCAAUCUUGAAAACGUGUCGGUGUAUGUAUACUCAUUGCCAGCCGAGUUCAACUUGGGUCUUCUCAAAGAUUGCCAUAACCUCAACAUGUACACCGACAUGUGCCCCUACGUAGCCAAUUGUGGCCUAGGCCAACCUCUUUGGCCACUUCCACAAGAAUAUUCUUCUGCUUCUUCUUCUGGUAAUAAUUAUAACAAAUCUUCAACCUCAUCCUCAACCUCAACCUCAUCAUGGUUCGCUACCUACCAAUUCAUAGCCGAGAUGAUUUUCCACGCACGUGUGGAGAGCCACCCAUGUCGCACGUGGGAUCCCAAGCGUGCCAACUUGUUCUACGUUCCCUUCUACGGUGGCCUUUACGCAUCCAGUACAGCCCGCGAGUCUGAUCUAAAAGCAAGGGACGCCUUAGCCGUUCGAUUAGCUGAAUACAUAGAAAGUCAAGAGACGUGGCGAAAUCAUAACGGGAGGGACCACUUCAUGGUGUUAGGAAGAACGGCAUGGGAUUUCAUGAGGACCGACACCGACAACGACAACGAGGUGGACUACGGAGCGAACAUACUGCUAAACCUGCCAGCUGUCAAAAACAUGUCGGUGCUGACCGUAGAAAGACAACCUUGGACAGGUGGCUCGAAGCAACACGGAAUUCCAUACCCUUCAUAUUUCCACCCAAGCAAGUUUAACGAAGUGGUGAGGUGGCAGAAGAAGAUGAGGGAAGCCAAGAGGCCCCACUUGUGGUCCUUCAUAGGGGCCCCACGUAAUGGUUCAGACAAGGCCGCCAUUAGAGACAAAAUUCUCUCCCAGUGUCACCAAUCAAGUCGUUGCGAGUUGUUGAAUUGUGGGGCAAUAAGCAACUACAAGUGCCACAAACCAAUGGAGGUGUUAAAUGUGAUGAGAAAGUCUGAAUUUUGUUUACAAGCACCAGGUGACUCGUUCACACGCCGGUCAACAUUCGAUGCUUUCCUAACGGGUUGUAUACCAGUGUUCUUUUCGCCUCAUACUGCUUAUACACAGUAUGCGUGGUACUUACCCAGUGAUUGGAAGACGUACUCGGUGUAUAUAGAAGAUGAUCAUACUGCAGAGAGCAUUGAAGAGGAGCUUUUGAAGAUUCACAAAAACACUGUGGAGAAAAUGCGUCAAAGGGUUAUUGAUUUGAUACCUACCCUCACCUACGCGCAUCCCAAUGCCACCGUCACUGGCCAACACCUGGGAUUCAAAGAUGCUGUGGAUGUUGCUCUUUCUGCGUUGUCCAACCAAGUUCAUCUGUUGGACUCCUCUUAGCCUACCUACUUCUCUUAUUAACAAUUUUUUAUUCUUCUUCUAAAUUAUUCUUACCCACCAAAACAAUGGGUACAUGUAUUCCUAUCUAAAUAAUAUAUUAAUGAAUGAGUUUACUAUUAUUUUACUGA